UAUACAGAAUCUCCCCAAAAAAAAAUUAAUCGAAAAAAAAAAAGAAAAGAGAAAUAAUUUAAAAUUUUUUCUUUUUUGAUGAUUUCGAAUUUUGAAAAGCUGUAAAGGAUUUUAAAAUUUUGCUUUUUGAUUCUCUUUGUCUAUAAUAUAUAUGGCUUUUUAUUACGUUUUUCACUGCUUUCUCUAUAUAAUUCAAGGUCAUCAAAACUAGGGUUUUUCUUCUUCUGCUUCUUCUUUAGAUCGAUCUCUCUCACACCCAAUCUCACUGUAUUUGGAUGUUCGCUUUGGCCCCAAAUUCUGAUCAACGCGUAAGAUCUUUCAGUUAACACCUUGGGCAUUGAGUAACAUAAUUUCAACAAAUUUUUACUCUUUUUGGCACUAUCAGUGAUUUGGUAGGACAGCGAAUUGGAGGAUAUAUAUGUUGGUUGUUGUAUUGAUUGAAUUUGGUUGUUGUUGUCAUUGGUUUGGUGGUUGCCGCCCAUAUCUGUGUAUAUAGAAUAGGUAAAAGUUGUAUUGUAAGGAAUGGAUGAGUAUAGAGAUAUUGAGAUGUUACUUCCAAUUUGGGGCAACAAGAAUCCUACAGAUAGGUUUUUCAUUAUAUCUUGUUUUAUUGCUGCCCUAGUUGGAAUUUUGACUAUAGCCUAUACAGCUUUCCAAUGGAGGAGAAACAUCAAUCUAAGUUGGACGAGAGCCAUAGCCAGGUCAAAGAAAAAUCCAAAGGCAAGACACAAAGUUCCUGUAGCUCCUCAUACUUGGAUUCUAGAAUCUGUGUCUCGCGGAAAAAAUUUAAAUUGUUGUGUGUGCUUGAAGUCCAUGUCCCCGUCGCAAACUCUUGGCCCCAUGGUGGCUUCCGAUAGUUUUAUUCACCGUUGUCACAUUUGUGGUGUGGCAGCACAUCUAAGCUGCUCUUCUAGCGCCCAUAAGGAUUGCAAAUGUAUAUCCAUGGUUGGAUAUGAGCAUGUCAUGCACCAAUGGGCUGUUCGAUGGACAGAGACCACAGAUCAACCUGAUGACACUUCUUUCUGUAGCUAUUGUGAGGAACAAUGUAGUGGGUCUUUCCUGGGUGGAUCCCCUAUAUGGUGUUGCUUGUGGUGUCAACGACUGGUACAUGUUGAUUGCCACAGUAAUAUGUCUAAUGAAACAGGUGAUGUUUGUGAUUUAGGCCCAUUCAAAAGAUUGAUAUUAUCACCUCUCCAUGUUAAGGAGUUAUCCUCAGGUGGAUUUUUGAGCUCAAUUACUCAUGGAGCCAAUGAGUUUGCAUCUUCAGUUCGUGCAAGUAUCCGGAGUCAGGGCAAGAAGUACAAGAAUGGAAAUGAAUCCUCUAUUGACACUGGAAAUAGUGGUACUACAGGAGACAUGUCCACAGAAAGUACAGCUGAUACUCACCAAAUGGUUAAUGGUUCUAAUGGAAUAGAGGAAAACUGUAAUGGUAGCAUGAAUGUGGAGGUUCAACAUCAAAAUGGUGAUGUAGACAGCAAACUGGAUCGGAAACCCAGUUUCAAAAGAAGUUCAUCAAUGAAUCAGAAGGAUGAGACUCAGUCAUUGAGGAUGAAACAGAGAUAUGAGAUAAUUGAUCUGUCUCCAGAUGCAAGGCCCUUGUUAGUUUUCAUCAACAAAAAGAGUGGGGCUCAGCGUGGGGAUUCACUUAGGCAACGUUUGAAUCUACUUUUGAAUCCUGUUCAGGUUUUUGAGUUGAGCUCAACACAGGGUCCAGAGGUGGGUCUUUUUUUAUUUAGAAAAGUGCCUCACUAUAGAGUUCUUGUAUGCGGAGGAGAUGGCACUGUUGGUUGGGUUUUAAAUGCCAUAGACAAGCAAAAUUUUGUUUCUCCUCCUCCAGUUGCUAUUCUUCCUGCUGGGACAGGAAAUGAUCUUGCCAGGGUCCUAUCCUGGGGAGGUGGUUUGGGAUCAGUGGAGAGACAAGGUGGCCUUUGCACGGUGUUGCACCACAUUGAACAUGCUGCAGUAACCAUUCUUGACCGGUGGAAGGUGGCAGUGUUAAAUAAACAAGGAAAACAACUCCAACCACAUAAAUUUAUGAACAACUAUCUUGGAGUUGGGUGCGAUGCAAAGGUUGCUCUGGACAUUCAUAAUCUACGAGAAGAGAAUCCAGAGAAGUUCUAUAAUCAGUUUAUGAAUAAAGUUCUUUACGCUAGAGAGGGUGCCAGGAACAUAAUGGAUAGGACAUUUGAAGAUUUCCCUUGGCAAGUUCGUGUUGAAGUGGAUGGGGUUGACGUAGAGGUCCCUGAGGAUGCAGAAGGUGUACUUGUUGCAAACAUUGGAAGUUACAUGGGUGGUGUAGAUCUGUGGCAAAAUGAGGAUGAAACUUAUGAUAAUUUUGAUCCACAAUCUAUGCAUGAUAAGGUACUUGAGGUUGUGAGCAUCUCAGGGACAUGGCACCUUGGGAAGCUUCAGGUUGGCCUUUCUCGUGCUCGAAGACUUGCACAAGGGCAAGUGAUUAAGAUACAGCUCUUAGCUGAAUUGCCUGUUCAAAUUGAUGGGGAGCCUUGGAUUCAGCCUCCGUGUACAUUGGCAAUAUCCCAUCAUGGCCAGGCCUUCAUGUUGAAAAGGGUGGCUGAGGAACCUCUUGGUCAUGCGGCUGCCAUAAUCACUGAUGUCCUUGAGAAUGCCGAGACAAAUCAUGUCAUCAAUGCUUCACAGAAGCGAGCUCUUCAACAAGAAAUGGCACUGAGGCUGUCCUAGAGUUUUUUUUACUAGGUCCUCCAGUUCGUGGUUAGGGUUUUGGUUGCAGUAGUUCUUUUUGAUAAUUAAAAUAGUUACAUGUAUUUUUGAAACCACUUAUAUCCAUUUCUCAGGUGUCAUAUCUUGUGGUUAUGUACUGCUUCUAUGUGAAGCAUGCUUGUAAAAGAAACCUUAUUUAAUAUCAAUAGGAAGAAGCAUUUUGAAUCA